UUGUAUAAGAAUUAUUGUAAUCUAAAUCUAACCUAAAAAGCUAGUUAGUAAAUGGAUACCUAGCCUAAUGUAACAAUGGGUGUUCGAGGUUUGACCACAUAUGUAAACAAUAAUCAAGAUGUGUUCAUGAAAAAAUACAAUUUACACGAUACUAAUUUAAUAAUAGAUGGUCACAGCAUAUGUGCCCAGUUAUAUAGAUUGCUAAACAGUUUCUCUGCUUUUGGCGGCGAAUAUGAUAAAUUUGCAUCAUAUGUUAAAACAUUUUUUAAAAACUUACGUAAAUGUAACAUUGUACCAUAUGUUAUAUUCGAUGGGUGUCAUGAAAAGAAAAAAUUGAGAACUGUUUUUAGCCGACUAAAGUCUAAAUUAGGCGGUACGGCACGACUGGAUCCCGUGACGCAGGAUAGAUUACAAAUUUUCCCAUUUUUAUUCCGAGAUGUUUUCAAGGAAGUACUAAAUGAGAUGAAAAUAAACUAUACAGUUUGUGAAUUUGAAGCAGACGAUGAUAUUGCAUCACUAGCAAGACAUAUGAACUGUCCGGUGUUAAGCUAUGACUCGGAUUUUUUUAUUUACAAUGUUUUAUAUAUAUCUUUUAAUACAUUAGAGAUGAAACCAAAACCUUUUGAAGAAAAUGGUGUUAAAUUAUAUGCAAUGGAGUGCAAAAUAUAUAAGGCGCAAUAUUUAUGUGAGCACUUUGGUGGUCUUAAUGAAGAACUUCUACCUUUGCUCGCAACAUUACUUGGCAAUGACUAUGUGGAGAAAAAAGUCUUUAGAAAAUUCUUUUCUCAACUCAAAUUGCAUAAAAGUAAAAAAAAAAAAAAUGAGCAGCAGAGAAGUAUACAUACACUAUUUCAUUGGUUUCAAAAUGAGACAUUGGAUUCAGCUAUUGAAAAAAUUUUAGGUAGACUUAAGAAACAUCAAAAGAAUAAAGUAUUUUUAACCAUUAAACGAAGUGUCGAAGGAUAUUAUAAUGAAAAUUGUCAGUCAUUGAAGUAUUUCGAUAUAACUCUGAAUGAUGUUACUCCAAAAUCUUUUCUGCAAAUGUCUGAUGUUGAGGAGAAGACAGAUAAUUCUGAUAAUUCUGUCGAGAGCACUGAUGAAUCGGGAAACUCUGAUGAGGAUGAGGAAGAGGAAGGAUCACAGGAAGAUGAAAAAGCUGUAACUGAUGACAAAUUAGAAUUAAUCCCACCAUGGUUUGCAGAUAAAAUUCGUCGCCGGAGAAUACCUUAUACCUACUUGAAUCUAUAUGUUCAUCAUUUACAUGUUUGUAAUCCACAAGCUGAAGAUUUUACAGAGAAAGAUUGUUUCCUUUGUACAUUACCCAUAUUGAGAUAUGCAUUUGAUAUUCUCACAGAUUUUUCUCAUGAAUACUGCAUAUAUGUUUGUAGGGAAAAUAGUGGUUACAAAAAAUUAAUUGUAGGUAAAGAGUAUGCAAUACCGAGGCCUUUGGAUGUAUCAUUCCAAGAAAUAAAUGAUGAACAAUUGAAAUUAUGUUUUCAACAUUUUCUCAAUUUGAAACUUCCAAAUUUAAAUUUAGCACUAAUUGAGAUGUUACCCUUAAACUUUCGUUUGUUCAUGAUAUCAGUACUUUGGUGGGUCUCCACUUGCAGUGUUCCGAUCACACAUGUCCUUUCUUUGAUUAUGUCAUACAUAACAUUGGAAGUAAUUGAUGAAAAAACCGGUACAGCUCGUGGUAGUUAUCUUUUUAAUAAUAGGAAUGCUAAAAAACUUGAGGAAUUGAAAAAAUCACCGACUUCAAUUCAAGUUGCAGAUGAUGAAUUAUUCCUCAAUAAAAACAAAGUGAAAUAUGAAGACUGUUUAAUUGCUGCCAGUGUUAUUUUGAAGCAUUUUGAAAUCGAUGACAGUAUACGAAAAAGACCUAAAAGUUAUGAUAUUAAGAAGAUACAUUCUUUUGCCCAAUUUCAAUGUAUAUUACAUCAAAUCAAUUCUUUAAAUAUAUUAUGUGGGGCGCCGUUUGAUACUACACGUUAUUCAAAAUGCUACAACGGAGUAUUGAUCUAUAACAUUGCGUUGAAAUUAGAAAUACAGGCAGAUCCUAUGAAGUUUUUAGACGAUUAUAUUAAAGGUGCUACUACUGUUAUAUUAUUUUAUAAAAGUAUAUGUUCUAUUUAUCAAAAACUGUUAGAAGAAAUGAAUUUAUCAAAUGUUCAAUGGUCGAAAAGGAAAAGGAACAGGGGAAAAAAAGUUUUACAAGAAGACCAAUCUUUCUUUGUUAAAGGGUUUGAAGCUGAUGUUAUAAUAUAAAAAUUUAAGCAUU